CUUUGAUCGACAGUAUGACACGAGGCAGCGAAUAUAAAUCGAUAUGAAUCUGCCAUUUCUUCUUGCUUUAUAAAUCUCUUGAUAACGGAUUCAGUGGCGGCAGCUAGCAAGUACUGAUGUUCAACGCGAGCCUCCAGGAGACUCUCGCGCGCUACUCUGAUCCAUCUCAAAACCCAUACGUGCAAGUCCGAUCACAAAUGCCCGAGCCGACUUCGUCGCAACAUCUGGCGCAAUCGCUACGUCCUGGACUUAACGUGUCCUUAGGCGCACCUUCUGCCAACCAGUGGGAACCAAGAUGGAAGCUAGAUAUCGAAGUGUUUGAACAACCCUCACAGGUGCUGGACUCAGGAGGAUGUUAUAUCCAGUCACCGAGUUUGAGGAUCCAUCCCCAGUCAUGCGUACAGCAGAUUCUGGCAGAACAUGAGCAUAUUACACCUUCACGCUGCGGGACCCAUCCCCAGCCAUGCGUGCAGCAGGUUCCGCCAGAGCACGCCAAUUUCGUCAAGUCUUCAUGCUACACAGAUGAGAAUUCAGGUGCCGUGCCAGCCCCCAUGCACGACGCCACAACAGUGAAUCACAAUCAAUCAAUUUCCGAUGUUCCACAAAUACUCUCUUCCCAAUCUUAUGUUCCCCGAAGGUUCUGGUCCAAACAUCAACCAGACUCUAAAGCUACCCACGAAACGAUGAGUGUUCCGGCUCCUGCCAGCCUUAACGUGCAGUAUUCUGCGCCUGGCAGCCAUGUAGACUCUAUCGUUACGCCCGAUGAAUCAGACGCAUUUUUUAUGUCAGAAAUAUCUAGCCCGGCAAUGAGAGAUACGACAACGGAGAAAGAAAAAGGUGGAACAGUUAAAGGAGAAGCAGACUCGAGAAGGGAGGCAGCGAACAGGGAGGCAGAAAAAUUGGAGAUGGAAAGAAUGGAGGUACAGAAAAUGGAGUUAGCAACCAAGGAGGCAGGGAAAGGGGAAAUCGAACGAAUGGUCAUAGAGAAACCAGAGAUAGAGAGACAGGAGUCGGUGGCAAAGGAGGCCGAGACAAAGAAAGAGCGACGCGUUUCUCCAGCCACGAAUACCUCAAAACUUCUCCGAAUAGAGCGCAAGCUUAACAACAAGGAUCUCUUCAUGGGCUGGUACAAGUCCGGGAGCUCAUCAGAGCUUCGGUACCCGCGCGAGUGCAUAGCACCCAAGAUCGGUGAUGUCUAUGUCCACUCCUGCAAGAAAGAGGGAAAUCCGAAAUUUCAGCUAUGGGUGCGACAGAUCAGCCGUGGGAUGACUAUCUGGGUCAAAGCUCACAUUUUCCACAUACACCCCAAAUUACUCGAUCGCAGAUUAACACUGGCAACGACAGGCGAACCUUACUGGUCGACGAGGCAAUCGCUUUCGGCUUCGGGAAGUCGGGAGAGAGCUGGCAAGAUUGCAGAAAUGAUUCUGUAUUGACUAGCCAGGUGACUUGGUCCUGCACACGAUACUUUACAUUAGUACUGACCCGGACAAUAAUGCCAUACUACAACACUACUAUCCUCAGGCUGCGGGGUUCAGUCUAGGAACCUUGUACGAUUACCGUUGACUUACUACGAUCUUCACUCGAUUUCCUAGGUGUAGCGAUGCUGGAAUAGU